AUGACACAUGGCGCCUUUAACGGGUACCGGCACCAGCGAGCGGAGCACGGCACGCGUGGCCUCCUAAUUGAGGAACAAGCCCGGGUCGAUCAGCACCCACUCUGCUGCAGUGUGACGUGUGCAGCAUGGUGUCCAGCUCGGGCCAGAUGCUGGGCCAGCAGAUGGGUCCUGAGAGACGGGGAGGGGUCAGCAAAGGACCCGGGCCAGAAAUCUAACCCGGGUCAGCCACAUGGCAGCAUCCAGUCGGGAUCCUACCUCAGCACUGGCUGGUUCACUCUCAUCCUGGCCAUGGACAUGUGUAAAGAUAUCCGGGUUUACGGCAUGAUCAACGACACAUACUGCAAGACAAAAGGCUACAGGAAGGUGCCAUACCACUACUACGAGGCGGGGAGCCGAGACGAGUGUGCCGAGUACCUGCUUCAUGAGAGUGCCCCAUAUGGUGGCCAUCGCUUCAUCACCGAGAAGGCCGUCUUCGCCAAGUGGGCCAAGACGCACGCAAUCAAGUUCUUUAACCCAGAGUGGCAGAUCUCGUGACGACCCACAUCCUCCACACCCACAAGACGUGCACACUACACAUACACUUCCCCCACAACACAACAUCACACACACACGCACAUACACAGGCACACACACACAAUCACACACGUGCAUUAAUACUAACAACAAUCAUGACCAUCCUCUGACUACAGUAUGUAUGUACAAUACAGAGUGCUCUUCAGCUCUGAGCUGUAGCACUCAAGACAGUUUCUUCUACAGUAGCUGCAUGCAUUCCUUUGAGGAAGGAAACACUGCGAGUGCAGGACAUCCUGUACUGUAUGUGUGACUUUUUAAAGCACCUAUGCUGUGAAGAGUGUAUGUCGGGUCCCUGACCUUGUUCGAGUUCUGAACCACUGGCCCUGUUUGUGGUAGGAAGAGGAUUGACGCCGACGUUGAUCUCUCUGUAUUGGCACAUCCGACUCCCUCCAGCGGACUUUCAACCACCAGUGUAUUUAGACGGAUGCACUCUGUUGGACAAGUAAGGCUUGUUGAUGCAACAGGAGUGUGCAGGAGCAAGGCGGUAACCUUGUGAAUGUUCAUAUUUUGUACACUGUCCAGCUGUCGAUUUUCUUUUUUUUGCACCGCAGCAGCAGCCUCAGGAAGGUCUCUCAAGCGAAAGGCCAUCAAGCAGAGAGGAGAGGCUGCUGCUUGACAUUCACAAGAUGACGAGCUAGUGCAAUCGUAAAUCAUAGAUUUUUCUCUCUCUCUCACUCUUUUGCUUUUUUCUCUUGCACUUUUUUCUCUCAGUUU